GCCCCGCCGCCUGUCAGUCCCUCACCGUUUGAAGACAGUUAGUGGUGGCGCCGCGGCUGCCGGGUUCCCGCCCUGCCAGGUCUGACGCGGCCGCGGCGCUUUGUGCUCCGCCCGCCACGGAUGCUGCGCGGCCGGGACGACGGGCUCGGCGGCUGCACCGUGUAAGGCGGAGAGUUUAGCGGCCGCGAGGCGCCAGCGCCGGCAUGUCGCUGCCUCCGGAGAAAGCCUCGGAGCUGAAGCAGCUCAUCCAUCAGCAGCUGAGCAAGAUGGAUGUCCAUGGCAGAAUAAGAGAAAUUCUUGCAGAGACUAUACGAGAAGAAUUAGCACCUGACCAACAACAUUUAUCAACAGAAGAUCUGAUCAAAGCUCUUAGACGUCGAGGAAUCAUUGAUGAUGUAAUGAAAGAACUUAAUUUUGUGACUGAUAGUGUUGAUCAAGAGCUCCCUUCUUCUCCAAAGCAGACUGUUGGUUUUGAUAAGCAGUCAACAUUAAAAAAAACUAAUAUUGAUCCAACACGGAGGUAUCUUUACCUUCAGGUUUUGGGUGGAAAAGCUUUCUUGGAACAUCUGCAAGAACCUGAGCCUUUGCCUGGACAGAUUUGCUCAACGUUCACUUUAUGUUUACAUUACCGGAAUCAACGUUUUCGCUCAAAACCCGUACCCUGCGCUUGUGAGCCCGAUUUCCAUGACGGCUUUUUGCUUGAAGUUCACAGAGAAAGUUUAGGUGAUGGAACUAGAAUGGCUGAUUCAACAACAAUGUUAUCAAUAAGUGAUCCAAUUCACAUGGUACUAAUCAAAACAGACAUAUUUGGUGAGACCACUUUAGUUGCGUCCUAUUUUCUGGAAUGGAGAUCAGUUUUGGGCUCAGAAAAUGGAGUGACCAGUCUGACUGUGGAGCUCAUGGGUGUAGGCACAGAAUCAAAGGUUUCCGUGGGAAUUUUAAAUAUAAAACUUGAAAUGUACCCACCACUCAGCCAGACACUAUCUCAGGAAGUAGUGAACACACAGCUUGCCUUGGAACGUCAGAAAACUGCAGAGAAAGAGCGAUUAUUUCUAGUUUAUGCUAAGCAGUGGUGGAGAGAGUAUUUGCAAAUUCGGCCCUCUCACAACUCAAGGCUGGUCAAGAUUUUUGCCCAGGAUGAGAAUGGGAUAAAUAGACCAGUCUGUUCCUAUGUUAAGCCACUUCGAGCUGGACGACUUCUGGAUACUCCGAGGCAAGCGGCUCGAUUCGUGAAUGUCCUUGGUUAUGAACGAGCUCCUGUUAUUGGAGGAGGUGGCAAGCAGGAACAGUGGUGCACACUGCUGGCUUUUCUCUGUAGAAACAAGGGUGACUGUGAAGACCAUGCUAACCUGCUGUGCAGCCUUCUUCUUGGAUAUGGCCUGGAGGCCUUCGUCUGUGUUGGGACUAAGGCCAAGGGGGCGCCUCAUGCCUGGGUUAUGACCUGUGGAACUGAUGGCACCAUCAUGUUUUGGGAGAGUUUAACAGGGCACAGGUACAUCCACAAGCCUACUAAUCCUGAUGGACCUCCACUUGCUGAAGAGCCCAAACCACUGUACCCCUAUCGAACAAUUGGUUGUGUUUUCAAUCAUCAGAUGUUCCUGGGAAACUGUCAACCCUCGGAUGCAGUAGAGACCUGCAUAUUUGAUUUGAAUGAUGAGUCCAAGUGGAAACCCAUGAGCGAAGAAGCAAUUAAGUCUGUGUGUGCUCCAGGUGCUACUACCUCCCUCCCUCCCUUCCCACCUCUGUGUGCUUCCACGAUUGACGCCUCAGUCACGAGCAAUGAAAUUGAAAUGCAGCUAAGGCUUCUGGUGUCUGAACACAGAAAGGACCUCGGCCUCACUACUGUUUGGGAAGACCAGCUCUCCUAUCUGUUAUCACCGGCUUUGGCCUCAUAUGAGUUUGAGAGAACAACAAGCAUAUCUGCAGGCAAUGAAGAGUUUCAGGAUGCCAUAAGGCGAGCUGUCCCUGACGGGCACACAUUUAAAGGCUUCCCCAUACAUUUUGUCUAUAGAAAUGCAAGGCGUGCAUUUGCCACUUGUCUUCGGUCUCCUUUUUGUGAAGAAAUAAUUUGUUGUCGUGGAGACCAGGUGCGACUGGCAGUUCGUGUUCGAGUGUUUACCUACCCUGAGUCUGCAUGUGCUGUUUGGAUCAUGUUUGCUUGUAAAUAUCGCUCAGUAUUAUAGGACUAACAUUUCCUAAGAAUUAUUCCUGUGUUUUAUUAGAAUUGUAUAUGAGUAGCUGUGUGAAGGUUUCUUAAUUUAAAAUCAGCUUUUUGGUUGUCAUUGUUUUGUAUAGAUCCGACUGGUAAUGUUUUAAAAUAUCAUGUAUGUACUUAAAAAAUAAGGAUAAAAGUUUGUAUUGAAUUUAGUAUGAAUUGAGUGUAUAAUAAUAAAUGAGACUUUGUUUUGAGGGACUCAGUAGUCUAAA